UCGUUUUUCAAUCAGUGACGGAUCAUUUUCUGCUAUCAACUUGUCAGAAAAUAGUCAGUCAUCAUUCUUAUUAUAUCUCGACCAUACACUGCAAGUCCUAAAACUAUUACUCUACAUAGCCAUGGCCAAAUAGGUCACGCUUUAUUAGCUUGGAGUAAAUUCUCUCCGGACCUAGGCUAUUUGUCCCCCCUCCCUGGCGUAGUGGAGAGUGGGUAGAAAGAAAGAAGAUCAUUCUUAAGUUUCAGAAAUUGCUCGCAAGAAGCCAACUCGAGAGAAGAAGCCUUUUUUCGACGUUAAUCCGUAAUAUAUUUAUUUAAAUAUAAAACAGGUUUCAAUUCUAGCACGUGACAUUUUGGCAUUUCGCGAUAUAUCACUUUGUGUGUUUUUGGCUACGCGUAGUGCACGUUAUGCUCCAUUGGCUUUAAUUCCUUGCUGAAUUAAAAAUGUUUGGUGUGAUCAUAAAGUAAUUACUUAUUUGCUGCUGUUUUUAUUCGCUGUUGUCGGGUAAUGGUCAGUCUCGCUCGACAUCUACCAAUAAAUACAUCAGGAAGUGGUGCUGUAUUUUUUGAUUCUACCUUAAACAUGGAUGACGAAGAGUACCUUCAGCCAGUUCUUUCCUCUCAAGAGCAAGAAAAUUUCCAGAAACUAGAAACCAUCCCAGUCGUUGCGUUUCCACUGAUUUUUGGCGUAGCCCUCGAAAUCACUGGCAUCAUAUUUGUAUCCCUAUGGCAAAAGGAGGAAGAUAAGUGUGAAACGUACUUUAUACUUUUGUACCUUCACUGCACAUACUGGCUUAUAAUUAUGCUGACUGACCACUUCUUGAAAGCAAGACACCAUCAUCUUCGAAUUUCUGGAUAUCUGGAUUUCUACCAGUCCACCUAUCAACACAUCAGAACUCCCCUUUUUAUUGGAUCGUUGUGGAACACUUUUUACUUGCUCUUAGCAGUUGUUCUUCACCAGACACAUAAGUUGGAUUACGAAAAAUAUUGCAGUAGUUCAGAAUGGUUCACUCCACUUAAUUAUAUAGUACUUCUUACCACUCUGGAAGUCUUAAUCAUCGUGCCCGUCUACGUAAAUUAUAUCAAACGGGUCCAUCGAUUCAAUAUUUUGAAGCCUCCUCCAGAUGUGACUCGAGAAGAAUGGGUGACCUCCUUUACUCAAGAUUCUUAUGCUGCAGGAAGCGAAAUCGGCUACCAUCAGCGAGGCUCUCACGUUGCGGAAUUGCUUGAAAAACAAGCCGAUUUGAUAAGGUACCUGAGAGACCACAACGUGAAACUCAGUCAUCGCAUGAUGCUCUUGGCUUCUCAGCGUAGAGCACCACAAGUUUAAAUGCAAGCGAACUUAGCAGGAAAAAACCCGGAAAAUUAUUCAUUUUUGAAUAGUUACUAUAUAAUGAAAUAACUCAAAAAAGGUUAAAUACUUCAAAUCAAAAAUAGAAACUUCGUAGUUCCAAAGCUGGUAUUCAUAAGAAGUUUUUCUAUAAUCCGCGCCUUUUUAUAUGUAAAAAUCUGUAGAUAUAUAUUGAAUAUGAUAUUAAACACUUGAAAACUGCGAAAGAAGUUAGGUUGUGUUUAAAUAAUGACUAAAAAUUGUAUUAUUAAAAAUGAUUGAUUAGAUUCGGAUAAAAUUAAUAAGUUCAGAUCAUGAACUUUUCCCUUCGAGAGAUAUCGUAUUUUGAAUCUCUGGCUAAAUUAGCCAAUUUUUUUGGUUCUAUCAAUUUUAAGUUUAAUCAGUUGAUGAUGUGAAAUCAUUUGUUGAGUUAAUUCUCUAAACUAGUCCUUUUUUUCAUCGAAUGGAUAUGUAUACGUAAUUACGUAUGUUAAGAUUAUUGAUUAGAUUUUUAUAACUAAGAUUUUGUAGUUGAAACUAUUUUGGUUUUAAUAUUCAUCACUUAAGGAUUUUGACCAUGUAUCAUUGUUCGUGUAAUCGGCGUUUGAUAUUAAAAUAUCAAUGAUUCUUCAGAAUCGAAUGCAUGCUGGAAUCUAAACGAGAUCGAGUUUUGUUUUAUUUGAGCAAAUCGUUGCUGCAAUCAUUACUCGUCACUGUGAUAUUAUGAUGUAUAUAAGUUUUACUGAUUCUCUGAAAUACAUAUAUUUUCAAUUUGA